AUGCCCUACAACGCUGGGAUCAGCGCGUGCGGAAAAGGCGAGACGUGGCGGCGGGCUGUGGCGCUGCUCAGCGAAAUGUGGGAGGCGCAGCUGGAGCCCAACGUUAUCAGCUACAGCGCUGGGAUCAGUGCGUGCGGAAAGGGCGCGCAGUGGCGGCGGGCGGUGGUGCUGCUCAGCGAAAUGUGGGAGGCCAGGUUGAAGCCCAACGUCAUCAUCCUACAACUCUGGGAUCAGCGCGUGCGAGAAGGACAAGCAAUGGCAGUGGGCUUUGGUGCUGUUCAGCGAGAUGUGCGAAGCGCAAGUGGAGCCCAGCUCAGUUACAACGCUGGGAUCAGCGCAUGCGAGAAGGGUGAGCAGUGGCAGCGGGCUGUGGCGCUGCUCAGCGAGCUUCGGAAGGCAAAGCUAGAGCCCGACGUCAUCACCCUACAACUCGGGGAUCAGCGCGUGCGAGAAAGGCGAGCAGUGGCAGCAGGCUUUGGCGCUGUUCAGCGAGAUGUGUGA